CCUUGACGUCGCGACUGGGCCAGUCUAUGAGGUAGACGAUUCUCUGCAGAGGGAAGUCCGACAUAGACAUGAAAAUAAAGGCCAGCAGCUGUUGUUGAAUUGGAAACAUGUCCAAGAAAAGGGGCAGGAAGCGCAGCAGUGGGGAGCUGAGUGACACACUCACCCUCGACCCAAACAACCUGCUGGGCAAGAGGAUACAGCACAGUUGGAGGGAGAAAGGUGCGCUCACUAAGUGGAAGGGCACAGUGCUGGACCGGCUCAGCGUCAACUCCUCGCUAUACAUGGUGAAAUACGACGGCUUCGACUGCGUCUAUGGUAUCGAGCUGUUCAAAGAUGAAAGGGUGUCCAACCUGCAGGUUCUCACCGAGAAAGUGGUAAACAACAAGAUCAAGGUACCACAUGACGCAGAGGAUCUGGUGGGGAAAGCGGUGGAGCAUCUCUUCGAGAAAGAGGAUGGAGAGAAGAACGAAUGGAGAGGGAUGGUGCUCUCUCGGGCCCCCAUCAUGACUAACUGGUAUUACAUCACAUAUGAGAAAGACCCAGUGCUGUACAUGUACCAACUGUGGGACGACUACAAGGACGGCGACCUCCGAAUUUUACCUGAGGCAGAGAACAAGCACCUGCUGCCUGCUGACCGUAAACCAGGUGAGGAGACGGAGAGCCUUGUGGGUAAGCAGGUGGAAUAUGUCACCGAUAAAGGAGUGAAGAGAACCGGUCUAGUCAUCUACCAAGUCCCCGCCAAGCCCUCCGUCUACUACAUCAAAUACGACGAUGAUUUCCACAUUCACGUCUACGAUCUGGUCAAGACGACCUAAAGAAAACAAGAACAAGUAAACGAAAACAAAACUCACCGUCACCUCCCCAUAGCUUAUGUCGUCACCUCUCGUUGUGCUGUCUCCACCUUGAGUUGCUAUGGAGGGAUGGUGCGUGGAGGGGUGCAACUGUGUGAAGUGUCUAUGGUUUGUUAAUUCACGCGUGUCAUGUUCGUGGAUGUCACACCGUUGACGUAAGCUUAGAGAACAAAGCUCAAUCAGGAAUUGCUAAAAGGCAGUCACAGUUGUUUAGCUCCAAGAAUGUUGAGAGACAUACCGUUAUGGGAUUUAAUAUUUAGCCAUUUUCACUUUCAGCCAUUCCUGAUUGGAGGCUUAAUAAUUGGAAACAGGAAUAAUUAGAAAACAGCUGUUCCCAGAGGUACACAGUGUAUUUAUUGAUGUUCAUACCUUAGUAUGUAUCAGUAAUAGUUCUACGCCAUUACACAUGACGUUACAGAAAUGCUUAAGUUGUACGUGUUGAAAUGCUUACGUUUGGGGUUGAAUAACACCAUACCUUUUUGAUUGUUUUGCAUCCUCACUUAAAGAGGAUUGAUUUAAAAUGUGACUGGUGGUCAAUAGCUGUGUGUCACAAACAGUGGACCCCAACACUUUCAUACAGCUGAAUAUUUGGACAGUAAAUAGCACUCAAGCUAAGAAAUUUUAAGCUAAUAGUUAUAAUUUCUGUAAGAAUUAAGGAACUAUUUAUUAUCUUAGUGAGCUGAAAGCUUUUCUGUUUCUCUUGCAUAUAUUUUCCAUUGUAGUUCAGAAAGUUUUGUCAAGGUUGACAAAAGAAACUGCAGUUUAAGUGUAGCACUCUCAGUCAAAUUCCAGUAAUUUUACAGUUUUGUACUAAAUCCUUAGUGCAAGAUGGCUACACUUUCCAAGAAGAUUUGAUAUCAAAGUAAAAAAAGCUUUCUGUGGAGAAAUUGUAGUCAAAAGACCUUUUGGUCCAACAUAGAAGAAAGGUCACCCAAAGCUCUUUAAAACCCCAUGUGUAGCAGCAUCAGUUAAGGGUUCUUGAAAAGAGGUAGUCUGUUCUUCCUUUGUAAAAUCAUGUUUCUUUGUGCAUUAUUUUUGACUUAAAAGUGUGAAUAGCAGAAAAGCGUGUAUAUGUGCACACAAAAGCAUUAGCUCAUCAGCGUCUAUGUGCCGUUGUGUCAAAACUUGCGGAAAGCAGACUUUGAACAUCAUCGGUAGAAAUAUGUACACCAUGAAAAAGAAGCUGUCCUGUUGCUAAAAAUAUAUUUAUGUAUGACUGAAAAUUGAGAUUUUAUGUCCAACAAAAUUAUGUAAAAAAUGAUGACCAUAUGCCUCAACUGUUAAAUUAAAUUUACAUUUUCUAUGUAGUUGGUCUGAAUGGUUAAUAGGGUUAUCUAGCUAAGCAAACCCAGAUGUACCUAAAGUUUGAUUUAAAUCAAGUCUAUCCAGCAGGCUGGAUAAGCAGAAAAAAUUCCUUCUGAUUCUCCAAUUGGAGGGAUGUUUUAACUGACAGGGUGUAGCUUUUGGAGGCAACUUAUGCUAGCCAAACGAUUGAUAACGCAACAAGAAUCUCAUUUGAAUCAUAGAAAUUAAAUGAGUAGAAUGGCCAAACCUAUUCAGAUCAGUACUCUGGAUCAGUUGGUAGCCUUCGGAUGGGCUGUUUUGAAUGUUUCACCUAGCAACAAAAUGGAACUAAGUGAACUAAGUAGCACUUCAUAAGCAGAUUAGCCUAGUAGCCAGCUAAUCAAGCGUAUUAUCAAUAAAGAUGUUCUCCCACCUAAAUGAGUGUACCAUUAGCUUUUCUGUCAUCACUGUUGAAUUCCUAAAAGGAUACAAUUAACCCUUCAAAUUUAAUCACAGCUGUAUUAGAUGUAGCGGCGCGGAACAGUUGGUUGUAUUUACUGUCCACACUCUAACUCUAUGCUUUCAAAUUUGAUAACUAUAGGAGUUCACUGGUUAAAACAUGGGACUUUUAAUUCAUAAACUCUGGUUGAUGUGUUGUCAUUAUUACAUUAAAAUUGGGACCCUGAUGACCUUUUCAUAGUUUCUAUCCAGGUUUCAUCUAAAAUAGUGCCCAAAUUGUUUGCUGUUCAUAUAGCAUGAGGUGAAAAUAAAAAAAAGAAAAAUUAAAUAUUAUUGUUGAAGUUGGGUCACUAAGUUGAUCCUGAAACACCAAAACAAGGAUGUGAGUUUAUGUACUUAUUUCCCCUCUUAUACAUAUCCAGAUAUUAGCACCACCUUUUAAUGUUAUUGCACGUUAUUUAGAAACAGAUGACGUUCACCAUUCGACAAUUCACAGAAUGUGCUCCUUUUCAAAAUGGUUAAGUGGCGUAACCAUGUAUGUACUUAUAUGUAUUUUUUGUAAAUACUGCAAGUAUGCUUGAAAUUAUUGUUUGUGUUUAUUUGUUGGCCUAUAUUUGCUCUUAGCAGUCGCACUUUAUCUUAGCCCUGGUAUGCUUAAUUCCUCAAGUCAUAGAGGAACUAAGCUAUGAAAACAAUUCAGACAGUUAAAUAAAAAAGUACAUAAAUCCGGAGAGGCCAUUAGGUCGUUAUAAUUUUCUGGAUUAUUAUCUUGAGUUAACACCUUUGUUAUCCUGAGAUCACAGGAUAACAAAGUUGUUAUCUCAAGAUAACAAUCCAGAAAAUUAUAGCAACAGCUCAUGGCCUCUCCAGACUAAAAAAGAAAGUAGAAUCAUUUCUUUUUUAAACUUCAAAUUGAGCAGACCGACACUGAAAGGUACAAAACAGUUUGCUAGACAGUCGCCAAAGGCAAAUUUCGAUUUGGAAUAAUACUGUUGUUUCUUUUUGACUUCACUUUAUUCAUUGAUGAAGCAAAGAUACUAUUGUAAACUAGUUCCAUUUUAAACCAUAUCGAUUUCAAUUUGAUUAAAAUAAAAUUUUAAUCAAAAAGAAAGAUUACAAGGGACUUGUAUGUUCUUAACACAUGCAUCUUGUCCCUUGAACUUUUAAUGAUUUGAUUGUUUUGAAAAUGUAAAUUGAAAGCACAACACUGACGUGCAUGAACUAGAUUGCAUUUGAAUUCCAGCUUGCCAUGUGUGGCAUGACUGAGUUUGGGAUGCAGUUUCCAGUCAGUUCUCUCCACUUUUAACAUUUGCUGCAUGCAGUUUUAUUGUCCCUGAGACAGUCACACGUCUCCACAUUACAUUAGUGCCAAUGUGCUAGAGAGAGGGAAUCUGUAGUUGUAUGUUAAUCUACCAGUUAUUUGUACAGAAUUAUCAAGAAUGCACACCCUGCUGAAUUUGGGUGUUUUCAUAAAUAGAAGAAAUCCCUUCAGAUAGGAUGGGCAUUUAUCCUAAUACGUUGUAAAGUUUGCUGUAUCAUUGGCAUUGAAACAACGUGGACUUAACCCUGCUGUACACUUUUUCAGGUUGCGGAUUAUGCUUCUGUUUUCUUUUUUUUUUUCACUGUUCUCCAUAGUAUUCACAGAUUACAUUCGGGUGGAAAGAUCUAUGUAUUCAUUUGCACUCAUUUUCAACAGACCCUCAUAAGUACUUGUACUAUACUUUAUUUCUCAUCUUGAGAGUUUCAUGGCCCCCCUGAACACAAGGGGGAAAACGUUAAUCUCAAGCUUUGACAGGUUUGAUUAAAGCAUAUAUUAAUGAUGUACAUGCUGCAUUAUCCGUUUCUUUCUCUCUUGUUAAUUGUGCAUAAGUAAUUCUCUUUCCGGCUCCUCCGUAAAUGUGAUUUCUUGUGCGGUCCGCAAGCUUCCGGUACUUUCCCCGGUUCCCUCUAUUAUCUGUGUUCCUGUUACUUUGCUGCUUUUUUUUUUUGCCAAAGUUAACUUUUCAGUAGGCAGCGUUAAGAAGUGUCAAAACUGUUCAUGUUGUCUGUUUGUGUAACGAUGCUAUCAUAAAUAAUAAAAGAGAUAUUUUUUGCACUGAAAA